UUCAGUUUACUGGAUAGAAAUUUGGUUUGGGGGUGACAAAAAAAGUUUUGGGUAUAGACAGAGGUGUAGUUAGACAACGUUGUAAAUGUAUUUAAUGUCACUGAAUUGUACACUUAUACGUGGUUAAAAUGAUAAAUAUUAUGGAAUGUAUAUUUUAACACAAUUAAAAAAUAAAAGAUUUCAGUGGGGGCUACUUCAGGGUGGUUACAACAACAACAAAGUUGUUGCAGGAGUGAGCCACUGAAUUUGACUGGAGGUGAAGAUGGUCGCAGUUGAGGAAGAAAGAGAAAGGCCAGGAGCUGAAGGGGUCAUCCAUCCGGAGCUGUGCGUCCUGACAUUUAUCUGCCCUCGGGGGGCAGCGCCUCUGCUGUUAGCAGGCCCGAUGCCUUGAAUCCAUGGAGGAUGCCAACCAGACUGGGCCGAUUCACUUCCACUUGCGCCCCUUCUCCCAACUCCCCGAGGUGCAGGUGCUGAUUUUCGUGACCUUCCUGAUCAUGUACGUGGUCAGCGUCAGCGGCAACACCUCCAUUUCUCUCAUCAUCGGGACCAGCCGCUCUCUCCACACCCCCAUGUACUUCUUCCUGGCCAGCCUGGCGGCUCUGGAGAUCUGUUACUCCUGCACCAUCGCCCCUCUGACUCUGGCCAGCAUCCUGUCCCCAGAGAAAACCCUCAUCUCCCUGCCUGGCUGUGCUGCCCAGAUGUUCUUCUUCAUAUUCCUGGGCAGUGCCGACUGCAUGCUGCUGGCUGCCAUGGCCUAUGACAGGUUUGUGGCCAUCUGCCACCCUCUACGCUACGCCCUCCUGAUGAGCUGGAGGCUGUGUGCCCAGCUGGCCCUGGGCUCGCUGGUGCUGGGGUUCAUCUCGGCCGUGCAGCUGACCAUACUCAUCUUCCGACUCCCCUUCUGCAGCAGCAAAGAAGUCGGCAUGUUCUAUUGUGACGUCCUUCCUGUUAUGAGAUUGGCUUGUGCAGAUACCCGGGUCCAUGAGGCCACUCUCUUUGUGGUGGGUGUCACUGUCCUCACCAUCCCCUUCCUGCUUAUCGCUCUCUCCUAUGUCUUCAUCGUGGCUGCCAUCGUGAAGAUGCGCUCUGCCGAGGGGAGGCACAAGGCCUUCUCCACCUGCUCCUCCCACCUGACGAUGGUUCUGCUCCAGUAUGGCGGUGGAAGCCUCAUCUACCUGUGCCCCAGCUCCAGCUACUCUCCAAAGAGGGGCCAGGUGGUGUCUGUGGUCUACACAUUCAUCACCCCGAUGCUGAACCCCUUGAUCUACAGCAUGAGGAACAGAGAGCUUAAGGAUGCUGUGAAGAGAGCGAUGAGGAGGUUCCUGUCGUCCUAAACACAGCAGCCCCCCUGGAUGUCCCUCUGCAGCUUUGCUGGGUGGAGACGAAAGGCUAUGCUCUUUGAAAGACAGGGGCUGAGAGGUCAUUGGUUUUACACUGUUACUACUUCCUGGUUCUGUUAUUUUUGAGAAGUCAUUUUCCUUUACUCAUUCUCUGAUUCCUCAUCUCUAAAAUGGGGAUGGAAAUGCCCAUAAGACCUCAAUUCCGGGGUUGUUAUGAGGAUCAAAAGAUACAUUAAGUGAAAAAAAUACUUUGUGACUUUUAAAGAAAGAUACAGGAGAGGCGGCUUCGAGAUGGCAGAAUAGAAGGAUGCAGAGCUCACCCUCACCCACAGUACAUCCAAAAUACAGCUACAUGUGGACCAAUUCUCACACAAUACCUACUGCACUGUGGCAGAAGGCCUUGUACGAGUGGGACUACAAGGAAAAUCAUCACAAAACUGGAUAAACAACAAGGUCCUACUGUACAGCACAGUGAUCUCUAUUCAAUACCUUGU